AUGAACGCCAUUGCGCAAAAGUGUCGGCCGAAACACCAGGUCCUCGUGCUCAAAUGCUACCCACGCACCACAAAAGGCGCUGUCGAUGUCAAGCCCAAUUCCAGCGAGCUCAGCUACCUGCUCUUUUAUGCCACCUCGCGCCGGUCCAAGAUCCAAAAGAUCGGGAGCUUCCUCGAGAAGAAGACGGCCAGUGACGUCUGGCGACUGCGCAUCGGCAAUGUACAGGUAACCCUGCAGAUCCUCGCGGCGCUCAUCGAAAAGUCGCCCAAGGACCUCCCCCUGUUCGCCAGCAAUGUCCUCAAGAUUUUCGACCUUAUCCUGGGGUCCAAGGACAUCACCAUGGCCAAGUCAUCCAUCCCCACCUUUGAGGCCUUCUGCGAGAAUCACGACGUCUCCUCUUCCUUUGCCGACCAGGGCUACCUAGCUCAGUACGAGUCUGUGGUCCGCUCCUACGCGACCCUCGCCUCGACCCGCCAGACACCAGGCAAGGGCACACCGAGCCAGGCCGUCGUCAUGAAAUGGAGGACUGUCGGGCUCGAGGCCAUCAGGAGUGUAUGUUCCUCGGACCCGCUGUCCUCCGUCGCCGGACGGCAGCUUGCCGCCAUUGUGCCCAUCAUUCUCGAGAACCUCUGGCACAACGACGACACGUUCCUCGAUGUGCUGCUGUCGCGCGUGCAGUCGGAAGAGAAGUCGGACGCCGACAAGCCCAUGCGCCGUAGAACGAGCGUCACCACUGUCAAGACGAGCGACACGGCCGGCGACACGAACCACAUAGCUCUCGUCGGCACCGCCCUCGACGUCGACAAGCUCGCCGAGGAGGACAUUGGUGUUCUGGCCCUCCAGUGUCUCAAGCAGAUUUACAUCGUUCCAAACCAGCCGCAGAUCCACAGCGCAACGUCGUCUUUGCUCAAAUUCGUCCUCGACAGGGUCGCCCAGAACGAGACGGUCAUCGAUGCUGGAGAAAAGCCUGGCAGCGAGCGUGGUUGGGCCAUCCAGAUUCUGGCGACGGUGGCACGCUGGGCCCCUGUCCAGGAUCGAUACAUCAUCCUGGUCACGACGAUGGACCACAUCUCGCGGUUGCCCCUGACAGAGGAGAACCUGCAGCAGCACAUUGUGCUGGCCAUCAUGGUCAGCUCUCUACUGCAAUCCGACAUCAACCUCAUCGGCCUCAGUGUCAUGGAUGUCUUGAUCGGCUUCAUCCGCCACAUGAAGAGGCUCAUGCAUCUGCCGGGACCCAGCGGGCUCCCCAGGACGGACAGCGAGAGGGAAGAGCAGCCACAGGCGGGGGGCGACACGACAGAGCAGCGCAUGCAGCUCCUGGACCGCAUUCAACAGUGCAUUGGUGGUCUCGCGACGCACGUAUACUACGCCGAUCAGAUUUCCGACAUGAUCUCGGCCAUCCUUCUCCGCCUACGACCCUCACGUUCGACAAGUACCAAUUCGUCACCCCCCGGUGAGAAGGCAGACCUUUACAGGGAAUGA